AUGCUACGUGAGCUGUUCCUCGUAUUCACAUGCAUAGCAUGGGUGGAAUUUGCCAUUCACUUCUCACCGUGGAUUGAGGGCAUCUCCCACAACGUUGAAGCGUACACUCCUGCUACUUUUCACUAUCCAGUGCCAUUGUCUACACACAAUGAAGAGCACACUCGUCUACUUCAAGAUCUUCAGCGAUCUAGUGGGAAAUGGAACUCUGCUCACCCUCGACAUCGGUUGUUAACUGCCCUGCAUGGGUAUACUUGCUACAAAGACAAAAACCUAGCUGAGGUGAAUCGAUGGAGGAAUCUUUAUAAGAAUGUCCUCAAGCGUCAGCGAACGUUGCUCGAGUCAACCAUCUACUACACGCGUAAACUCAACACAAUAGAACAUCUACUCGAGACAAACGGAAAACUCGCCAGAUCUAUUGUUGAUUACGGUCUUUUGUUCUACAAUAUCAGUCAAUCUGAGCUGGAUGAAUUCAUCAAAGAAAGUGAAAGUCAGCAGCGGUCUGUUGAUAGGACUAGCGUCUCCCAGGGAAUGAAUCAUUUUGUACGUGACUGGGCAGAUGAGGGCCAUGAAGAGCGUCAACAAUCCUUUGGAUGUAUCUUAAAAUCGCUCGCCCAGACCCCACGUACGAAAGACAGACCCUUGCGAGUGUUAUUGCCUGGAUCGGGAUUGGGACGACUGGCGCAUGAAGUCAACAGACUUGGAGGCUUUGAUGUCACUAUGAAUGAAUGGUCAACAUACAUGAAUCUGGCAUACCGUUAUGUAUCCAGUCUCUCCACCCCAAACAGUGUACCAUUUCACCCGUACAUCGGCUGGUGGUCUCACCACGCAACGACUGACGAUCUUCAACGCUCCGUUACCUUUCCGAACGAAGUUAUCCACCCAUCAUCUGUCUUACUCGUAGAGGGAGAUUUCACUACGGUAUUCACAGAACACACAGGCCAGUACGAUAUAAUCGUGACCUUGUUCUUCAUCGAUACCGCGCGGAACCUAGUCUCAUACCUUGAGACUAUACAUAGACUACUUCGUCCUGGUGGUCGUUGGGUGAACUUAGGACCUUUGCUGUAUGGCACUGCGCCAUUUGUGCAGUUAUCACUGGACGAGAUUGUAGCGUUAAGUGCCAGCAUGGGGUUUGAAUUCCAGGAGACAGACCCCACAAUUGGAAAUAUAACAUUGCCUGACUUGCCAGUGCGAGGGUUGGAGGUGGCAUAUGGUCGGAAUGGGCGGGGGUUGAAUAAGAAUGCAUAUCAGGCGCAAUAUUGGGAGGCUGUUAAGCGCUAG